AUGUUUGAUUUCCAUCAACUGGAUUUCCGUCGACUGAAUUUCCUUUUGUCUGCUUUAGUGCCUUUACAGUGCUUUUUAUGUUUGUUGUGUGGUUGGCACUUUUGUGCUCUUGUUACUGUGUGGACUUUGGAGGAUCGUCAAUGUAUUCUUGGUACUUUUGCACAGUUGCUGUUGGACAAAGAGUGCACUUUGCACAUUGGACGCCAUCUCCGGACAUUGCUAUUGGAUUUACUAGAAAGAAAUGUAGAGACAAUUAAGGCCAAUGGACAGAUUAGUCAUGAUUUACAUGAAAGACUUUGUGUUGCAAUGAGUAAAUUGAUUGAUCUUCAUCCUGAUGUUGUACCGUUUGCAUUGAGGUAUUUUGCAAAGUCUCCACCGGUGUUUCAAAGAUUAUUUCUGGAAAGUACAGACUCUAGCACAUUACGGUAUGGGCGCAGACGAAUGAAACUUCGUGACUUAAUGGAAGCAGCUUGGCGGUUUCUCAGACAAAAUCCUGCUGUGUACAGUGAAUUAUGGGACUGGAGUAUUUGUGUACCAUUGCUGAAAAGUCAUGAUACUUUAGUCCGUUGGUAUACAGCUAAUUGUCUAGUUGUCGUUACGCGUAUGAGUGAACAAUAUAAGCUCCGUUUUAUGGAGAAGACUUUUGCUCCUGAAGACUUGUUGCACUUCAGACUGAAGUUACUGGAAGAAGUGGAAAGGUGCAAUGUGGAAAAUGCCUUGGUCUUGGCUAAUUCCAAUACAGCAUUUUGGCAGCGUGAAAAGUGCGAAGACCCACAAGAUCAGAUAGUGUCAAGCGACCUGAGUGCAGGUGUUGUAGCAGUAUGUGGAGUACUGCUGCCAAGACUAAGCCUUCCUGAUGACCAGAGUAACCGUCUUGUACUUGUGGAAUCCACAUGCCAAGUUCUUCAGCAGCUUGCUAUGGCUGUAGCAUCUCAGAAGGCUAUAUUGCUAGAAGGACCAAUAGGGUGUGGAAAGACUGCUUUGAUUGAAUAUUUAGCUGCCCGCACUAGUAGAGUAAAACCUCCACAUAUUCUGAAAGUGCAGCUGGGAGACCAAACUGACAGUAAGAUGCUCCUGGGCAUGUACCGCUGUACAGAUAUUCCUGGACAGUUUGUGUGGCAGCCUGGAACCCUAACCCUGGCUGUAUCGAAUGGCUUUUGGAUCCUUCUGGAAGAUGUGGACUAUGCACCAUUAGAUGUAAUCUCUGUGCUAAUUCCCCUGCUGGAGAAUGGGGAAUUGCUGAUUCCAGGACGAGCAGAUUGCAUAAAAGUGGCACCCGGGUUUCAAUUCUUUGCAACCAGGAGGUUGUCCAGUAGUAGCGGAGGUGACUGGCACAGACAGUCCAUCACACAUGCCAAGUUGCUUGACAAACUGUGGACUAAAGUAAAAUUGAGCUAUAUGAGCAGAACAGAAAUGAAGGAGGUACUACAGGUCAGGUAUCCAAGUCUCAAGCUUGUAACUGAGCGAUUGCUGGACAUCUAUUGCCAGCUGACUGGGGAUAGACAUCAAACCUCUGACACCUCCUUUGGGAGUCCUGGUAAUGACCAAGAAUUGGCAGAAAGUUCAGAUGUGAAAGAACAAGAUAAAAAACUAGGACUUGAAGGAAGGGGAUUGUCUUUAAGGGAUUUGCUGAAACUGUGCAACAGGAUUGCUACAAGCUUUAACAGCACCUCACCAUCAACUGCUUUAAAUGUUUUCCAUGAGGCACUGGAUUGUUUCACAGCAAUGCUGUCAAAACAGGGGAGCAGGCAGAAAAUGGCUGAAGUCAUUGGAAGUAAACUGAACAUAUCUAAGAAACAGGCUGAACACUAUUGUCAACUUUACAAGCCAGCCAUUAGUGUGACAGAGACUGAAAUUACAGUGGGAAGAGUAACUGUUUCACGAAAAGAUAAUGAAGUGGUCCAACUCCACAUGAGUGCUCAGACCUUUGCAGAAACACGUCCUUCUCUUGUGCUCAUUGAACAGCUGGCUGUGUGUGUUAGUAGAGGAGAACCUGUGCUAUUGGUGGGAGAGACUGGAACUGGCAAGACAUCCACAGUACAGUACUUGGCAACCAUUACAGGGCAUAAGUUGAGGGUGGUUAACAUGAAUCAGCAAAGCGACACCUCAGAUCUUCUUGGAGGGUACAAACCUGUGGAUCACAAGCUGAUAUUCAUCCCUUUGAUAGAAGCCUUUGAACAGCUCUUUGUAGUGACAUUCUCCAGAAAACAGAACAACACAUUUCUGGGACAUAUAAAUAUGUGCUUCAAGCAGAAACGUUGGGCCGAUCUGCUGACACUUAUGAAACAUGUUCACAAGACUGCUGUGAAAAAGGAGGGCAAGUCAGAUGGAUUGCCCUUGAAUGAAAAGUGGGAAGCUCUUGGUCAUCAGUUGAACCAAGCUCAGCAGCAAGUGAAACUGACGGAAAAUGCAUUGGUGUUUGCAUUUGUAGAGGGUACUCUAGCCCGAGCGGUGAAGAACGGGGAAUGGAUUCUGUUGGAUGAGAUUAACCUGGCUGCUGCAGAGACAUUGGAAUGUCUUAGUAGCUUACUGGAAGGUGAUGCUGGCUCACUUGUGCUGCAGGAUCGUGGAGACACAGAGCCCAUUGUUAGACAUCCUGAUUUUCGCCUUUUUGCUUGCAUGAAUCCAGCUACAGAUGUUGGAAAGAAGAAUUUGCCACCAGGAAUAAGAAAUCGGUUUACAGAAGUUUAUGUUGAUGAGCUUGAAAGUGAAAAGGAUUUGCACAUUCUCAUUGCUGACUACUUGAAAGGCCUAAAUCUGAACAAAAGCACCAUCCCAGGAAUCAUUAAAUUCUAUUUGACUAUAAGAAGAGAGGCCAAUAGCAGACUAAGAGAUGGGACAGGCCACCGUCCCCAUUACAGUCUCAGAACACUCUGCAGGGCCCUACGAUUUGCAGCUUUAAAUCCAUGUGUCAACAUUCAGCGUUCUCUUUAUGAGGGAUUUUGCUUAAGUUUCCUGACUCAGCUGGAUAGAGUUUCCCACCCAGUUGUUGAGAAACUGAUCUGUCAAUAUAUUAUCAGUAACAACAACAAAAAUCUUCUGAAACAGCCCAUUCCAGAGCCACAGGUAAAAAAAUGCAUACAGAUUGAAGGAUACUGGAUACCAGUGGGUGACAAGCCUCCAGCAGUUGAUGAAACCUAUAUUUUGACCAGCUCUGUUAGAUUAAACCUGAAGGAUCUCACUCGGAUAGUCUCAGCAGGGAAUCAUCCAGUGUUGAUCCAAGGUGAAACGUCUGUUGGCAAGACCAGUUUGAUUCAAUGGUUGGCUUCUGUCACUGGCAAUCACUGUGUACGAAUCAACAAUCAUGAGCAUACAGAUAUCCAAGAGUAUAUUGGUUGCUAUAUGUCUGAUACAAAAGGAAAACUGGUUUUCAGGGAAGGAGUUCUUAUUGACGCUAUGCGGAAAGGUUACUGGAUUAUUUUGGAUGAACUCAACUUGGCCCCAACUGAUGUUCUGGAGGCUCUCAACAGACUGUUGGAUGAUAAUCGGGAGCUGUUCAUUACCGAGACUCAGGAAGUAGUCAAAGCACAUCCACAUUUCAUGUUGUUUGCAACUCAAAAUCCUCCUGGUCUUUAUGGGGGGCGAAAGGUGCUGUCAAGAGCUUUCAGGAAUCGUUUUGUUGAGCUGCACUUUGAUGAAUUGCCCAGUGCUGAGCUAGAGACUAUCUUGCACAAGCGGUGCAGCCUGCCUCCCUCAUACUGCACAAAGCUGGUUAAAGUCAUGUUGGAGCUUCAGUCUCUUCGAAGAGGAUCGACAGUGUUUGCUGGAAAGUAUGGUUUUAUAACACUCCGAGAUCUGUUCCGAUGGGCUAAUCGAUACAACUUAGCAACUCAACCAGAGAAGGAUUAUGACUGGCUUCGCCAUUUAGCUGUUGAUGGAUUUCUGCUGUUGGCUGGACGAGUCAGGAAGGAGGAAGAAGUAGCAAUCAUUCAGAAAGUCCUUGAAAAGCAUUUCAACAAGAAGAUAAACCCAGAUUAUCUUUUUUCAGAAGAAUGUGUGAAAAAACAGUUGGAAAGCUUGUCAGCACAAUUUUCUGUGAUGGAUCAUGAAUUUUAUCACAUUGUAUGGACCCAGCCAAUGAGAAGAUUAGCAGUUUUACUAGGACGUGCAUUGGAGUUUGGAGAGCCAGUUCUCCUUGUUGGAGAUACAGGUUGUGGUAAAACAUCCGUUUGUCAGCUUUUUGCUGCUUUGGCCAGUCAGAAGUUGUAUUCUGUUAACUGUCAUCAGCACAUGGAGACCUCCGACUUUCUGGGAGGCCUGAGACCCAUCAGGCAGAGAUCAGAAGAAAAGGAUGAUUCAAAAUUGUUUGAAUGGAAUGAUGGACCUCUUGUUUUGGCCAUGAAGGAAGAUGGGAUGUUCCUCCUUGAUGAAAUCUCUUUGGCUGAUGACUCUGUUUUGGAAAGACUUAACAGUGUUCUCGAAGUUGAGAAAACCCUUGUUCUUGCGGAAAGGGGCAGUGGAGAGAAUGAUGACAUAGAACUUCUCAUAGCUGGUAGAAAAUUUCGAAUUAUGGCAACCAUGAACCCUGGUGGUGACUUUGGAAAAAAAGAACUGUCACCUGCUUUGCGUAACAGAUUUACUGAGAUCUGGUGUCCACAGAUAAACACUCGUGCAGAUCUGGUUCUUAUUAUUAAACACAACUUAAAGGCUGGACUUUCUCUUAAUGGAGCUAACCAUGAAGGGGACAGUAUAGCAGAACUUGCUCUGGAUUUCAUUGAAUGGCUGAUUAACCAGGAUUUUGGCUGCCGAUGUAUUCAGAGUAUUAGAGACCUCAUGACCUGGGUUCAGUUCAUGAACACUACAACAGCGGAUGGGAGUACAGAGAAGAUGGAGACAGAAGCUGAGAACAUAUUUCAUCUUGAUGCUGUGACAGCAUUUGUGCAUGCAGCAUGCUUGGUGUAUAUUGACGGUAUAGGAUCAGGUACAACCUCCUGUGCUGCUGAUGUAGCUAAUGCAGCCCGUCUGAAAUGCCUUGAUUUCUUGGUGGAGAAGCUUGCCAUGGUGACAGACUUUGAAGGCUUGAAAUGCUUUCAGGAAAUUUAUAAUAGAAGAGCUGUUAAUAAGCCUAUAUGGUCUGAAAAUUAUUUUGGAAUCCAUCCAUUUUUUAUACCAAGAGGUCCACUCAAAGAAAUCACUGAGAUUACGGAUUAUACUUUGAGUGCUGGCACCACAGCUAUGAAUGCCCAAAGAGUUUUGCGAGGAUUACAGCUGAACCGACCCAUUCUUCUAGAAGGUUCUCCUGGUGUUGGAAAAACAAGUCUGGUAACAGCAUUAGCCAAAGCUUCAGGAAAUAACCUUGUUCGAAUCAAUCUCUCAGAACAGACUGAUGUAACAGACUUGUUUGGAGCAGAUUUGCCAGUUGAAGGAGGAAAAGGUGGUGAGUUUGCUUGGCACGAUGGACCUCUUUUAGCAGCACUGAAAUCUGGACACUGGAUUAUGUUGGAUGAGUUGAAUUUGGCUUCCCAGUCAGUGCUGGAAGGACUGAAUGCCUGCUUUGAUCAUCGAGCAGAGGUCUACAUCCCUGAGCUGGGUCGCAGCUUUCAAGUCCAGUCAGAAAGAACUAAGAUUUUUGGCUGCCAGAAUCCUUUCCGACAGGGUGGUGGAAGAAAUGGUUUGCCCAAGUCCUUCCUUAACAGAUUCACUCAGGUUUAUGUCGACCAGCUUUCAGUGACUGAUAUGGUUUUCAUUUGUGAUACCAUCUUCCCAGCUAUAGGCAAAAGCACAGUUGCAAAAAUGGUGCAGUUCAGCAGUAAGAUUGACCAGCAAGUCAUGGUAGAAAAAAAGUGGGGUCACAGAGGAAGUCCUUGGGAAUUUAACUUGCGUGACCUUUUCCGCUGGUGUAGUUUGAUGCUGGCUGACCAGUCACCAGGCUGCUAUAGUCCCGAUCAGCAUGUUUCUUUAAUCUAUGCUGAAAGAAUGAGAACCGAGGGCGACAGGUGUCAUCUCCUUUCCACUUAUAAGGAAGUCUUUGGAGAAAAUUGUAUUCCAUAUACAGGAUCCAGGCAACUGUUUGUAACGCCUUAUAAUGUUCAGGUUGGAUACUCCGUCCUCCCACGUGAUAUCCAUAUUUCUCAUGUUUCAAAGAAAUCUCUGUCUAUUCUGCACCACUCACUUCAUCCAUUGGAGUCUGUCAUGAAGUGUGUACAGAUGGGUUGGAUGGUAAUCCUUGUAGGUCCUCCUGCCAGUGGUAAGACAAGUGUGGUUCAGCUGCUUUCCCUUUUGACAGGCCACAGACUAAGGGUGAUGGCAAUGAACAGUUCAAUGGACACUACAGAGCUGCUUGGUGGGUUUGAACAGGCUGAUGUUCUGCGCCCAUGGCUGCAUAUAUUGGAGAAAGUGGAGAUGUUUGUGUACACUCUGAUAAGAAACGGUCUGUUGUCAACUGAUGUUUCCUGCGAAGAUACUGAAGUUCUGCUUCGUGUCUGGACCUCUUUUAGCCAUGCUUACAAGAAAAAUUUGCAAGACUACCAGGAGAUCGGGGUCCCCACUGAAGCCGUAAACAAACUGGAAGGAAUUAUAUUAGUCAUUCAGAGACUGAAUAGCAAACUGAACUGUUUUUGCAAAGCAGAGAUUACAGACCUGAGAGAUGAGCUGUGUAGUUUCAGACAGCACCUGAAUAGUUUAACUGGCUGCAGUCAUGGCACAUUCGAGUGGGUAGAUGGAAUGCUGGUAGAAGCCUUGAAGUCUGGAGAUUGGCUACUUAUGGACAAUGUGAACUUCUGCAGUUCAUCAGUCUUGGAUCGCUUGAAUGCUCUUCUUGAACCUGGAGGAGUUCUUGCAGUUAGUGAGAGAGGAAUGAUUGAUGGCGCAACUCCUACUGUUGCUCCACACCCUGACUUCAGGUUGUUUCUCACUAUGGAUCCUGCCCAUGGAGAGAUAUCACGGGCCAUGAGGAAUCGCGGAAUUGAAAUUUAUAUUGCUGGAGAAACUGGGUCUGCUGCUUUUGAUUCUCUGGAUGUAAAGACUCUGCUUCAUGGUUUAGGCUUACUAGGGGACAGUGUGUGCAGCAUUCUCAUCAGUGUUCACUCUGAAGCUAGAGACAAAGUACCAGGCUCUCAUGCGUCUUCUGUUUCCUCCUUAAUUCAUGCUGCUUCACUUGUAGUCCAACAGCUCCAGAGAGGCCAUGGCCUCACUGAGGCUGUCAGACAGGCUUGUUGGAAUGUAUACAUCUGUUCACAGCUCUCUCAAGCAAACCAGAAGCUUGUUGUUGAGGUAGUAGAGAAGCAGCUCUGUCUCCUCCACCCUCAGGAAACUUGGGGUAGUUCCUUGUUAGCAAUGGGGCUGUGGCCUGAUUGUGUUCCAUCUGCCAUGCAUACUGCAGAAGACUCGCUGUUGUCUGCUAUUUAUCGAGAUGGGCAGCUUCUGUUGUACUGCCUGAAGAGGCUCAGUUUAAAGCACAGCAGGACUGUUCCACUGACUCUUUCUGAUCUAAACGCAACAUUGCAGUCCAGUGCCUUAGAAGGAUUGACCUACAAUGAAGUAGAAGCAGAAAUUGACGGAGAUGAUGAACUCUGGGUUUUCCCUGCUGCUGUUAGGCUUGUCACAUGGAGAGCAUCACAACAAGAUUGGCAGCUAAGAGUCAGCUGGCUAAACCAUAUGGCUAAAUGUAGUUCCAGCAUGCCUGAUCUUGUACGUUUCUGCUUAGAGGCAGGGGCUGCAGCCUUGAGAAGUGCAUCUUCAAGUACUUUAUCAGAUGAAGUAAGGAACAUAAUUGAUUUGCUGCAGUGUAACUUGACAGAUGCAGAUAUAAUUCUAUUGGAUCCCCGCUGGAACAUGCAGUAUUUGAAUUCCCUCAUCAAUUCUGUGAACUCUGACUCCUCAGUGGAUAAGAUGGAAUUACUGGAACUUUUAAAUAACUUCUGCAACAGGUUGGCACUACAAAUGGACAGAGAGGAAAGAUCCUGUAUUGAGAAAAAUAUGGCUGGAACCACAGCAGAAAAACAGGCAGCAAGGGAUAGCGCAUUGAUGUUGUCUGUUGGAUUCCGUCAAGAUCCAGAGACCUACCUUCCGCAUCCAGUGGUCGCUCAUUUAGCUCCCUUCUUUGAUAUUUGGGAUACCUGUAUAAUGCAGUGUCUACAGUCUGAGACAACGCUUUCAGAUCUUGAUUUAAGUAAGGUUUUGAGUCUCAUGCUGUGGCGUGAUCGUUUCUGGUCUGUCUCAAAUUCUGUGACUGCAGAUCCUCAUGGACUCUCUCUCCUUUCACUUCAUUGGUACUGGGUGACCAGACAUCUUAUCACAAACCUUCCUGUGAUUCUUACAGGUCACUCUUCAGAAAGGUUACCUCAGGAGGUUCAAGCAGCUGUCUUGAGUAUUCAGAGCUAUCUGUGUAGUCCAUCUGAAACUUCUGCAAGUGUGAAGGCAGUACAGAAGUUACUGGGCAGACCUUUACCUUUUAAGGACGGGUCAGUUGUUGACUGUGCAGCACAGCUGAAGGUACUCUAUGCAGCUGUAGAUGUCCUUACUUUGAGACCUGCCAUGGAAAACAGCACAUGGGGCAGGGAAGUCUGUUGCCUGAAAACUGCUGCUUUGGGAUGGACGUACAAGAAGAUGAUGCUGCAAGCAUGGGAACUAGUUUUUCAGGCAAAUCACGUGCAUGGACUAUGUUCAGAUGUGCUGAAGACUCUGGUUGAUUCAUUAUCCUCACACUUUAGAACAGAGGGAGUUCUGAGUGCCCGUUUGGAGGAAGGGGACUGUAAUGAGACUGUGAGCCAUACUCAGCCUGACCCAGCUACUUUAAUUCAUCUUUCCAGCCAAAUCCAGCUUUGGCCUGCAGUGGACUAUUUAACUUUACUCUGGCAUUAUAAAUUGGUAACCCAUAUUCUUGAUCAGGAGCUUCUUUCAAGGAAAAAUCUGGACCAGAGUGACAUGCAAACCAAAGUUGUUCCAUUGUUGGCCUUUUCUGUCAAAUCUACACCUGAUUCAAGACAUAUGCAAGGCCUUUGGAAUCUCCUGCAGGUGAACAAGCCUGCAUCUGAAGACUUGAAAGUGCUAUGGGCAGACCUGGUUUGCGGUGUGCUAGAUGCAUUCUGGAAGAGCAGUGUUUCAACAGAUCCUGCGUACUGGGCAACUUGGAAACCACUCAUUUCUACAGAGGAGAAACUAGUUAAGAAGACCAUCCUUGAACCCUCACUUAAGGGCCCUGCCAUUCUGAACACAUCUGUCUAUUCACUAUGUUUCUUUGAGAUUCUGAGUGACUGCUGCAGGAGAAGGUACAACUGGGACACUUGUGAACUUGGUUUUAUGGCUUCCUCUAAUGUGUCACUAGGGGAAUGGAUGGAGAAGACGCAUCAGCUGCAGGAAGCAAGACAGAUUCUCUGGACCAAUAUGACUGCUGCAUCUGUGGCCAAUUUUAGGACUACUGAUUCCAGACUGCAAGGUAUCCUUUUACACAGACAUUUGUUAUCCAUCAAGCAGUUGUUGCCAGAUGAUUUACAGGAGGAGUACAUGCAGCAUUGCAGUCAACUGAUGUGUGGAGAUAUGGCAGCAUUUCAUUACAUUCAGAAGGUUAUAAAUGAUGUAGUUGGGACCCAGAAUUUGCCAGAUGAUGUGCUUUGCCUUCUGCUGUCAUGUCUGCAGUACUUCAGUGGUGAAGAGAAUGCAAGAAGCCUUUCAUCAUUUGUUCAGUCAAGCUGUCUCUGGAUUGACCUGGGUUUACUACAGCUUCGGCUUUGGAUUCCUCAGACCAUGUUUGACCCUGCGGUGAAGAGAGAGUAUAAACUAAAGUACGCAAAUGAAGAGCUGCAUCAGCUGCAGAGUGAGUGGAAUGCUCAUGAUUUGAUGUCUCAGUUGCUGACUGGUAAAGUGUUAGAAGAUGAAAGUGUUUUCAUGCACUGUCACCCCCGCAUCAGGCACAUACAGCAGAGGAUGUUGGAGAUGAAAGAAAAAAUAAGAAGCCUCUCAAGAAAACAAGCCUUCCGACCUCAAGCUUCUCAAUAUGAGCUUUUGUAUCAGGAUAUUAGACAUUAUGUCAGCAGCAUUGGACAGAUUUCUGCAGUGCAUGACCUCCGUUCUCGUCUGAUGCAAGUUCUGCAUGGAUGUGGUCCAAAAUCUUGGAACAGGAUACAGCGUCUACUCUCUGAGGAGGCGGCAUGGCAGAAAUCCCAGCAUCAGUUCAGAACUCAUCUCUCUGAGACUUACUCUCUGUAUCCUGACAUCCUGAGGCCUGUACAGGCUGCUAUUCUGCAGAUGCAACAUGGAAUGAGAUUGCUUGCCUCAGAGGUUCAUAAUGUUUUAAGUAGCAUGCUAGUACCAAAGUCUGACCUCAACAACCUCAUGACAUGUCUACAAACAUUUCCUUCAGUCAACUCAAGUUUUCCAUCGUACCUCACACAUGCGGAUACCUUGUGCUGUCGACGUUCUAAAGAUGCCAUUCAUGGCAUUGGUAAAUUAUUACUGAAAUGCAUUUCUGGAGAUAAGUCAGAACAAGGAACUCUGCGGUUGCUCCCCACACAGGAAGAUUUGCUUAUGAAUGCCUUGUUUUACAUUCAUUGUCAUGUGCUUUCCAAGGGUGAGAUGGACCAAGAAUCUUUACAGCUCUUCAGGCAUGUCUGUCAGGCAGUUGUAAAUGACUGGGAUGAACAAGAACGUCAAGCUCAAGUUAAAGAGCAGCAGGAAGCAAGUUUGUACCGCUAUAAGAGUAAGAGUCAUGGGACUGGAUGCAGUGAAGAGGAGGAAGAGGAAAAGGAGUUCAGCGUUAGCUUCCCACAGUAUGAUCAGGAUUUUGCAGAUAUCAUAUCCCAGCCCAGUCUUGGGGAAGAAAUGGAAACUGAAGAUAUUAAAAUCACUGGUGAAAGUACAGGAUCAAGCUUGAUCUCCCAGAGUUAUAUGUGCAUUUUGAUGAAAAUUCACCAGCAAAUUUGCCUUAACUUUGCACAGUCUGGCUGGUACUGUCCAAGCUGUCCGUCAUUUCAGACUGCACAUUUUUUGAGUGCAGCUGUUUCCUCCUAUCAUAUGGCUGCAACACUGAUGGCUCACAUUUACCCUGUUGCUGGCAGCGACAUGAGUAAUAGUCUGAUUGGUGGGCAAAUAUUAGCAGGUUCUCUCAUCCAGAAUGCUGUUCAUGGAGACGCACCCGCUGACCUUAAGCUGCAGUUUGAUGGUCCAUAUGACUUCUAUCAGCAUCCCAAUAUCCAACAGGUGAAGCUGUGCCAACCAGUACUGGAGGACUUCUGUAAGGCAGUGCAAAAGUUACUGCAGGAGUGGCCUGAGCACCCGGCCUUGAUUCAGAUUCUUGUAGUGAUGGACAGAAUUCGCAGCUUUCCUCUUUCCAGUCCCCUGUCAAAGUUCUUAAAUGGUUUGGAGAUUUUGUUGGCCAAGUCUCAGGACUGGGAGGAGAGUGCAAGUCGAAUCUGGUCUUUGCGGAAACAUCUCAAUGCUGUCAGUGUGCUGAUUAUUCAGUGGCGUAAACUGGAGCUUAAUUGUUGGUCUUCAUGUCUUGAUAAUGCCAUGAAACGUCAUGCAGAUAAGUCGGUCAAACACUGGGUUUCUCUUUAUCAGAUGAUUGAAAACUUCUUACAGGUGACGACGAGGAGCACAGCCAAUGAGAACAAUGAGGAGUUAUCCUUGGCUUCCAUUGCCAACACACUGAAAGCAUUUAUAGAGGGUGCCACAUUGGGAGAGUUCCACAUUCGAUUAAAGAUGCUUCUGGUUUUCCACUGUCACAUUUUAUUAUUGCCUCAACAAGAAGGAAAAGAUUCCUUGUGCAGCCUUAUGUGGAACUUGUAUAACUAUUAUAAGCAGUUUUCAGACUCUGUCCACAGCAGGCUGACAGAACGCCGUCAUCCCAUUGAAAAGGAGCUGAAGGACUUUGUGAAAAUCUCCAGAUGGAAUGAUGUGAACUUUUGGGCCAUCAAACAAUCUGUUGAAAAGACACACAGAACUCUCUUUAAAUUUGUGAAGAAGUUUGAAGCUGCCCUAGGAGAACCGUGCCGCCCAGCGUUAAUGGAGCAAGAGGCUGAAGAAAGCCCAGACUUUGUGGACAAACGAACAGAGCAGUCUGUAGUCCAGAAGUUAAACAAGGAGUUGAGAAGCGUUUUCUCCACUAGCACCAACACUGCACAGGUCACUUUCUCACCAGAAAUUAAAACUUUACUGGACACCGAAUCUCUUCAGGGCCGUUUACCUUCACUUAUGCAAAGAAUGCAAAAGUUGUGUAAUUCCUAUGUAAAGGAAUGCAGUGUGCCAUCCUGGAUUGAGGGUUUGGAUCAAUUUACUGGUGAUGUCAUUACUUCAGUUCAUGAUCUUCGGGACAUGACAGUUGAUCAGACUGCAGACAAAGAGAAGCAGAAGUCUGAGGUUAAACAUAUACUGAUGCAGAAGCAGCGGGCUUUAUCGGAGCUCUUUAAACUCCUAACCAGGAUGGGUCUUUCAUAUAAAAAGGGAUUAAUUUGGUCUCGAUCAGAAGAUCCUCUUGAGUUCCUUGGUCUGCACCCGCUAGACCUUUCCAAUAUAUUGUCAAUGGAUAGCAACACAGCAGGGAUUAAUGCUACGUUGUUUACUGAGCUUUCUUCUGCUUGGGAUGGAUGUCAAAAGUAUUUUGUUCGUGGUGUUGCACGUCACAACAGACUACAGACAGCUUUGCUAUCCCCUGUUAAGGAACUUGGUUUUGGGAAUACUGAAAGAUGUAAAGGAUUUACAGCUCAUCUCAUGAAGCUGCUGAUCCAACAAAGGAGGGCACUGACCACGUUAACAGAGCAGUGGGCUUACCUCAGGAGCCUUCUGAGGUGUGUGCAGGAGAUUCAGUCUCAGAUACUGAUGGAGCCCAAGAUGCGUAGUGCUGUUCUUCCUCCACAAAAUGCUACUAAACGAUGGGUUGAGCGAUUGCACCAACUGUCAGUGCAGUGUGCAACAGUCUUGGAGCAGCUGUCUUUGUUCCUUCAGUGCUGUCCACAAGAGUCUGAUUUAGGAAAAGAUGUAGACAAGUCAAUACCAGAUGACCCUUUCCCUUUAGAGGCAAGAUAUCCGUCCCCUGUGCCUACAGAUCAGCUGCCUGCAGGAUGCAGAAUGAGGAAGCAGGAUUCACUGUGGUUACAGCUUAAUAAUACAGUCCACAGUAUGUCGGCAGAGAUAAUGGCCAUCAAGACAGAACUACAAAGAGCAAAGAAACAGCAUUGUGGAGUGUCUGUUCAUUCUUGGCAUGAUUUUGAAGUGUGCUCAUCUGGAAUGAGUUGUUUGAACACCGUGUCCACUCAGCUACUUGAAGUAGAAGACAAGUUUAUUCCUGUGGGAGAACCGGCUACACAUCUUCCAGGGGUGGUAGAGAGCCUGCGGUAUGUCAGACAGGAAGUUGAUAAAACACUGGCAGAUUUCAGUGCUUGGAAGGCUGAUAUGCUGACUGUCACAGAGAGAAAUGAUGGGAAUCAAGAAUUUGAACAAGAGUUUUUGAAGGAAUUCUCAGAUGAAGUAGAACUAUCUAUCAACACUGUCCUUUGUGCAGUUCAAAGUCUGAUAAAGAGGAAGAAAAUUGAAAUAAAAGAACAGUCUGGAGAGGUUGCAAAAGAUGCAGAAGAGGAGGAGAAUCAAAUCCAGCUGGAGUUGGGACAUCUUACCAAACUCUUAGAUGAAGAGCUUUGGGCUGAUAUUUCAGCUCUACGAGUGCAAAAUGUUGUUACCGUUAUAUCUGGUCCACUGCGGAAGCUAAAAGUGUUUGGAGAAUACUGUGUAGCAGAGAAGCACCAGGUCUUUAAUCACGCAUGUUACUUGUUUGCACGCCUUCUGCCCAUGCUGUCUACAUACACUGACCUGGUACUCUUCUACCUCACCGUCUCGUCAUCCACUCACAGGACAACAUCAAAGUUGCUCUGUGUAUUAACCUCCAUGUUUACUGACCUUGCUCAGAAGGGAUUUUGUCUUCCUAAAGAGCUGAUGGAAGAAGCUGAUGGAGAAGGAGCAUCAGAAUUCCAUGACUACGAAGGUGGUGGAAUAGGAGAAGGGGAAGGAAUGAAAGAUGUCAGUGAUAAAAUAGAUGACGAAGAGCAGGUAGAAGAUACUUGUCGCCAGGGUCAGGAAAAAGAUGAGGAAGAGGAGGAACGUAUGCCAGAUAUUAAAGAGGAGGAAAAUGCUAUUGAGAUGUCUGAAGAUUUUGAAGGGAAAAUGCAUGAUGGUGAACUUCAGAAGGAAGAAGAUGAAGAGAAGUCUGAAAGUGAAGAAGAGCAGCUGGAUAAACAGAUGGGUGACCUUGGUAAUGCUGAAGCUGACAAACUUGAUGAGAGGCUUUGGGGAGAUGAUGAUGAUGAAGGUGUUGAUGAAAGCAAAGCUGAGGAAUUUGGGGAAGGAAUGGAUCAGGGUGAAUCUGAACUUGUUGCAAAAGAUGAUAACCUAGCUGAAAGAAAGAAUGAUAAGAAACGAGACGAAGAGGAAAAAAUGCAGGAUUCUGUAGAUGAGAAGGAUGGUGAAGAGAAGAUUCAUGAGCAGCUUGAUGAGAGAGAAUAUGAUGAAAAUGAAAUUGAUCCGUACCAUGGAAUGCAGGAGAAAGUGCCAGAGGUUCAGCCUUUAGACCUUCCUGAUGACCUGAAUCUCGAGAAAGAAGAAGAAAGCCAGAGUGAUGAAGAGAAGCAGGAGGAUGGAGAGGGGGAGAAUCCAUAUGAGAUAGAAGACCAGAUUAAAGAUUCAAAUGAGUGCCAAGAGGGAGAAGAGAAAGAUGACGUCAGCAACCAAGAAGAGGGAGAACCGGGCCAGGACGUGGCUGAGGAAGGCACUUCAGAGGAUAAAGAGGAGGCAAAAGAACCGAAAGAGGAUGGCACUGCUGAAAAAGGCGAGAGUGAAGCAGAAGAGAGUGAGGGAGCUUCAGAAAGCAUGGCUGAUAAACCAGAGGAUGAAAAUGAGAAAGUGACGAAGGAGGAUGAAGACAUGGGAAUUCCAGCUGAUCAGGGGCAGCAAGCUAAGGAUGAUGAGGAAAAUCCUGAAGAGGAAGAUGAUCUCCCAGAAUGUUCUAAGAGGAUGGAACAUGAAGCUGAUGGCCAGACAGGAGAUGACAACCUGCAGAGUGACAGUGCUGUUGAACUGGCUGGUUCAGCUUCAGAAAAGGAUCAGGCAAAGGAGGAACAUGGAAGUGGUGCUUCAGAUGCCAUGGAGUCUGAAGGCCAUGAAUCGAGAUUAAUGGCACGGCUACCUUCCCAGAAACAAGUUCGAGAACGUACACAGAGAUUCAAACGCAAGCCAGGCCAGGCAGAUAAUGAACGAUCUAUGGGAGAUUACAGUGACCGUGUGCAGAAACGAUUGAAAACAAUAGAGUCCAGUGAUAAAAUGGAGCAGAAGGCACAAUCCCUGGAGCAGAAGACUGACGAAGCUGAUGCAUAUGAACACAUUAAAGAAGGCAGCAAAUCAUAUGAUGCUCAGACAUAUGAUGUGGCCACUGCAGAGCAGCAAAAGCCAGCCAGACCUGCUCAGGAGGAAGAGAAGGAUGUUCAUCAGGCUGAGGACAUUGCCAUGGAAACAGAUGAGCAAGAGGAAAAUCUCCAAGCUAUAGAUAUUCAAGAACUCAAGUCAGAGGAGAUUAAGCCUUCUGCUACUGAAACACGUGGGAAAGUUGGUACCGAGACUGAGCUUCAGCCUCCCAGCUUGGAAGAUGGAGACUUCAGUAAACAGGAGGCCAAAGAAGGAGACACAAACAGACCGGAGAGAAGCAGAGAUUCCACCAUUCACACAGUGCAUGCUCUUAUAAGUGACACUGCAGCUGAGAAGAUUGUUCAUGAUCCUGAAGAGUUGAGACGAGAGUUGGAAAGACACCUUGAUGCUUGGCAGAAUCAGCAGCCAGGGACAGCUGAGGAGGAAAAAGAAGCAGCUGAAAUGUGGCAACAGUAUCAGAUUCUGACAUCCCCGCUUUCACAACAGUUAUGCGAACAGCUGCGACUAAUUCUGGAGCCCACUCAAGCAGCAAAGCUCAGGGGUGACUAUCGAACAGGAAAACGCCUAAAUAUGAGAAAGGUCAUUCCGUAUAUUGCUAGUCAAUUCCGCAAGGACAAGAUUUGGCUACGACGGACAAAACCCAGUAAACGACAAUAUCAGAUUUGCUUGGCAGUAGAUGAUUCUUCCAGCAUGAUUGACAAUCAUUCCAAACAGUUGGCAUUUGAGUCACUGUCUGUAAUUGGAAAUGCAUUAUCCCUUCUUGAAGUUGGACAGAUUGCAAUAUGCAGCUUUGGGGAAACGUUUCAGCUGCUGCACCCAUUCCAUGAACAAUUUAGUGACCAAUCUGGAGCAAGGAUAUUACGACACUGUAAAUUCCAGCAGAAGAAGACAAAAAUUGCUCAGUUUUUAGAUGCUGUUGCAGAUAUGUUUGUUGCAUCACGACAGCAGUCUCAAAUAAGCAGCCUUGAAACAUCCCAGUUGCUUCUGAUCGUUUCUGAUGGAAGAGGACUGUUCCUUGAGGGGAAAGAGCGGGUUAUUUCAGCUGUUCAGGGUGCCAGAGAUGCAAACGUAUUUGUUAUAUUUGUGGUCUUAGAUGACCCAAAUUCCAGGGAUUCUAUCUUGGAUAUAAAAGUACCAGUAUUCAAAGGGCCUGAAGACAAACCAGAGAUAAAGUCUUACAUGGAAGAAUUUCCAUUUCCAUUCUAUAUUAUUCUACGUGAUGUGAAUGCCCUUCCAGAGACAUUGAGUGAUGCUCUCAGGCAAUGGUUUGAACUAGUGACUGUGGCUGAUUUAUAGAAUGGAUAUCUCCAUAAGCUGCCAUAAUGAAUUCUGUAUUGCUGCUAAAUCUGUAACUUUGUGUAUUAAUGUACAGAAUUAGGAUUAUAAUGUGAAAAGUAAAAUAUGUGCCUUUGAAACCCUAGAUGACAGAAGUGAAGUAUAAAGAUGUUUAGGUUUACAUUUUAUGCCGUCUGUGACCAUAUUGUUUAUAGUGACUGUUAAUCUAUUGCAAAGAAUAAGCAGUCAAGAAUGCAGGGAGACUUUUAAGUUGCAUUUGGGGGUAUGGAAGGUUGCUGUUUUAUUUAACUGGUUUAUACAACAAAGAAUAAAUAUAUAAAUACUUAAGACUGCCGUUAGGCACUAAGCACCUUCUGUUCAUUGUUGUUAAAAGAACUUGUCAGAGAGAAAUCAUGUUCUGUUUAUUUUGAAAUAAAGAUGGAAUAAUCUCAUAUUA